UAAUUAAUUUAUAGAGGAUUAAGUGUAAUUUACAUUACAUUUGAAUCGAUCUUGGAUCUCCUAUUAAACUAAAAAUUCAAAACUUAAUAAUUAAUUAACUACAUUUCUCUGGCAUUGUCAUUACUCAUUAAUUCCUAUUUAUUAAGAUUACUCUUGAAGUCUGAAAGUGGGCCCCUACUCAAUUGCUCUCUAUAUAUUGUCUCUUUCUCUCUCUCUAAAAUCUCCAUACAACCAAAUCAAACCAUUUUUCUGCAAUAAAGAAAACCCGAAAGCUAUUAUGGUUGACGUGGACCGGAGGAUGACCGGUCUGAACAAGGCCCAUGCAGCCGGUCUCCGCCGUCUCUCCGCACGCGCCGCCGCCGCCACCGUUCCCUCCGCCACGCUCCCACCGCGCAACAGCCUCGUCUCUUUUACAUCCCUCGCAGACAGAGUAGUUUCCCACUUAAAAAAUUCAGGUACGCCGGUCCAGACCGGGUUAUCCGAGACCGAGUUCGCGUUAGCCGAGGCGGAAUUUGGGUUCUCCUUCCCGCCGGACCUGAAAGCCGUCUUGUCAGCCGGCUUGCCUCUCGGCGCCGGUUUCCCCGACUGGCGGUCGUCUGGAUCGGCUCGGCUACACCUCCGUGGCUCCAUUGACCUCCCCCUGGCUUCAAUUUCUUUCCAUAUAGCUCGUUAUUCUCUGUGGUCCAAAGCGUGGGGCCCGCGCCCACCCGACCCGGAAACCGCCCUGAAAAUAGCCCGAAACGCUCUUAAACGGGGCCCGCUUAUGAUACCCGUUUUCAACCACUGCUACUUACCUUGUAACCCUUGUCUCGCCGGAAACCCUAUUUUCUACGUCGACGAGAAUUUAAUUUUCUGCUGCGGGUUCGAUUUAUCCGACUUCUUCGUCGGCGGAUCCGACCCGAAAUUCCAGCGGUCCUUCAGCGAAAAAUCAACCGGGUUGCCGCUUCCGUCGGCCGAUUUCUCGAGGAGAAGUUUAGAUACAAUCACCGGCGGCCGAGCUCCGCGGUGGGUGGAGUUCUGGAGCGACGCCGCCGUGAAUCGCCGCCGCAGGAAGUCGAAUUCGAAUCCGGCACUGCCGAGAUCCGGGAUGCCUGAGUGGGUCGAGGGUUACGUCAGCCGAAUCGGGUCGGUUCUGAGGGAGAGCGGGUGGGCGGAAUCCGACGUGGCGGAGAUUGUCGACGUGGCGGCGUCCGGGUUCUUCGACGACGGAGAAAUGGUGUUGAUCGAUAACCAAUCGCUGAUGGACGCGUUGCUGUUGAAAGCGGAUCGGUUCUCGGAUACACUGCGGAAAGCCGGGUGGAGCUCCGACGAGGUUUCGGAUGCUUUGGGGUUUGAUUUCCGGCGGGAGAAGGGAAAGAAACCGGCUAAGAAGGUGUCGCCGGUAGGGGUGGGUUUGGUAGGGCAACCGUACCAAACCCCUCGAAUCACUACCAAUACCGAAAUUUCGGUAUUAUGAAAUCCAUUACCAUUGCCCUACCAAAAACUUCGGUAUACCGAUUUCGGUAUACCAAAAGUUCGGUACGGUAGGGUAUGGUAAUGGUAAUUACCAAUUUAUAUUAUCUAUUAUUUAAGUCUAAAUUGAAUAUAUUUUUUUCAAAGCAAUUCAAGGUAUACAUGUUUAAAAUGUACAAAACUAAUUUUUAAAAUAUAAGUGUCCUAAAUAUAUGUUCUAAAUUUACCUAAUGUAAAGUAUUUCUUAAAUAAAAUUAUAACAUAAAAACUUUUAACAUCAAUUAUAUAUAAUAAAUUGAAUUAUUAAAAUAAAAAUUUAUUUAUUAAUAAUAUUUCGGUACGGUAGGUCAUUACCAUUUUAAUAAUGUUAAGUGCCGUUGCCCUACCAAAACAUUUCGGUAGGGUACGGUAAUAAUUCGGUAGAGAUUUUUCGGUAGAGAAUCGGCACGGUACGGUAGGGCAUCGGGUUGGUAGGGCAAUUUGGUAAAAAAAACCCACCCCUAGUCGCCGGAGUUAGUGGAGAGACUUGGGAAACUGGCUGAGUCGGUGAACCGGGCGUCAUUUUAGAUUCUUUUUCGCUUUUGUUUUAUUCUUUUCAGAUAAUCGAAACCUCGUGUUUGC